AUGGAGUCCACCAACUUCCCAGACACGGCAAGCCGAGUUGCCUACCCACUACCGAAAUUCACCAUGGAUGAGCUCUACGAACCCACCAUGGUGACGAUCAAGGUCAACGACUCUGAAUCUGAGGACAAUCAUUACUACGAGCGUGUCUUCACCGUCCAGCGUGAACUGAUCAGCCGCCACUCCGACUACUUUCGGGGUGCCUUCGAGGGUCAGUUCGCAGAGGGUCUCAGCAAGACGACUACGAUCACUGAUUUCCAUCCCAACACCUUCCAGACCUUCAUGGACUUCGUGUUCAACAACGAGGUCUCGCAAAACGGCGACGACCCUACCGAGUGGGGCUGGGAGUACCUUUUCUCGUGCUACAUCUUUGGGGAUAAAUACGACUCUCGAGGCUUCCGCAACCGUGUAUUCGAGGUGAUUCAGACGAAGCUCUUGGUGAGGCGACCCCGAACCUAUCACUUUCCCCCAGGCAAGGACUUGACGCAUCUGUGGGAGAACACGUCGGCGACUGACUCACUUCGCAAACUUCUGAUAGACGCGUACAUCACCGAGUACGAUCUUCUUUCAGACAGCGAGAAGCAGCUCCGCAUCCUCGAGUCGUUCCCACCGGAUUUGGUCAAUCAAUGUCUAAUUGCCGCGCUGCGAUUCUCCUCUCGGAACGAGUGUGUGCACUGCCGACGUGGUGGGGAUGGACUGCCUUGUACCAGCACCACGCACACGGGAUUGGAGACUACUGAUCUCGCCAAGGGGCGUUGGUGCCAACAUCACCAGCACAACAGUGACGAGGAGAAGCAGAUCUGUCUGUGGCGUCGGGAUGCGCUUCAUUGGAAGUUCGUGGAGCCUGUAGAAGAUGAAGGCUCGUCACACAUGAGUUGA